GUAGACGUAGAGGAGGCGGGGCUUGUUGCACGUUGGAGGUAAUGAAUUCUAACACGCAGUUUCUUCAGAUGCUGUCGCUGAAGGCGAGUGCUGCUCAUCCGUUUAACAGCAGAAAACAGUGAGAGGCCUGUGCUGCUGGAUCAGCUCCAUUAUAACCAUUUAGCUCCAGAUUAAAAGUGCGCAGUUCAACAAACCCACCCUUCAUCAUGGCUAUCGACGGAUGUGGACUCGUCUGCAAAUACAUUCUCAUCAUUUUCAACAUCAUCUUUGCUGUGGUGGGGUUUGCGUUUUUGGGCCUUGGCUUGUGGCUUAGAUUCAGCGGCAGCACCAGAGGAAUCUUUGAAAUAGACCAACUGAGCUCCAGCACGUUUGUCAUAGGUGUGACUGUACUGAUCGUUCUUGGCUCAGUCAUGCUCUUUGUUGUGGCGUUUGGGGACUACGGGGCCUGCAAUGAGAAGAAAUGUGCUCUGCAAGUGUUUUCUGUCCUGAUCUUCUUUCUGGCUAUCGCUGAGUUUGUUGUCGGAGCGCUCGCUUAUUCAAACAGCCACGAGGUCGGACGGAGACUGGGAGAGUUCUACGUCAGUUUAUAUACCAUCUAUGUGAACAGCCAAGACCCAGCGAUUGGUGUCACUCUCACAUUCAUCCACAACUCACUGCACUGCUGUGGAAUGACUGGAGUCAGUCUGAUUGAGCUAGUGAAGCAGACCUGCCCCAAACCCGACGGUUUUAUGGAGCACAUCGUCAUGUCUAACUGUCCUCUGACCAUUGUGAACGUGUUUGAAAGCAGAGCGCCGCUGGUGAUGGGCAUAUUCGUUGGAACUGGAGCUCUUCUGACCGUAGCUAUGAUUUGCAGCGGAGUGCUCAGUUCACAGAUUCGGCGGGUCUCCUCAUCUCCUCAGUACAUUAUCCUGAGUACCAACACUCCCUCCCUGGCUGCCCCUCAGCUAUAUCCUCAGCCAUACCCUCAGCACGUCACCAACUCCAUCAACUCCUUCCCUGAUCAGGACCCAGUCGUCUUCACACCCCUGCCUACCAUCAACCUUCCCUUGGCUCAGGCCUAAAAGUCGUCUCUUUAAACUUCAGGGUCACUUUUUGGGGUUUCAUGUUUAUUCACAAUGAUAUGAUCUGAGAAAACGUUACUUCACUCAACCUGAUCACACUUCAUCUUUUAGCUCUUCAGAAGGAAAAAUCCCCCAAGUUAAAAAAAACAAAAAAAAAACCCUCCCAGUUUGGGGAAGUCACCAAGAUCUUAUAACAGUUUGGUGACAUCAGUGCACCACCAUCCUGUCAGAUGUUUACGUACAUCCACCUUGGUCAUGACUAUACAAACAAUUUAGGAUUUCUGAAUUGCAGAUUAUAGUAUAGAACUUCAAAACAAGAACUAGAUAAAGAAGUUUGAGUUUAUCUGAAUUUCUUUUUCAAUUUUAAUUGUUACAUGUUUGCAUACAAAUAGCAGAUUUAGGUAGUUGUCCUUUAACUCGUCUACAAGAAACAGAUAUUUUUUAGUCGUAAACAAGCUCCUAGCAUCUGUCCUCAUUCUGUCUGGACCUGGUUCUUAGAUUCAGUUAAAUUGAAAUAAAAUUCAAAUUAAAGCUGUCGAGGUCAUGGCCAUCCUAGAUGCUUUAACUUUGCCUUUCAUACCGGACAGCUAAGGAUGACCCGGAAAUGUCCAGGAACCAGAAUAACCAGAAAGAGGCAGCUCUGCCUAUAGGAAGAAGCCAAACGGCUAUCAUUUCUGAUAAAACAAGGAUUCUAUUGUUUCAUUGCUGACCUUGAAGUCAGUCUGAUAGGCUAUCAGAAAGAUAGCUUCAAAGCAACCUUUGAAGGACAAGAUAAAAGUGGAAUUAUUUUUCACCUGCUUGAAUUAGAAAAAUAUUCCCUUUAAUUUCAACUUCUGGGUCUAGUUCUUUUAGAAAAAAAAUAUUUAUCAUUAUUAUCAGAACUGAGGGGUUUAACUAAAUCUGUAAAAGCUUUACAUCAGUGCAACAUUCAUGGCCACGAUGAGGAUUGGACGUAAACCUCUGAACAGAACUGGGUUCAUCCUUGAAAUCCAAAAAGGGAUAAUGUCCGUUAUUUUACCCCCAUUAAACACUAAAAGGUUGCUCCCUUUUAUGAUCUAUUCAGGUUGGAUUUUCUCCUUCAGAUGCUUUUAGUCAUAGAAAUCACUCCUAUUCAGUGUCAUAUAUGCUCUAUUUUUGGCUUGUGUGCAAAUCAUCAGCAAAUAAUGGGAAACAUCCUGUCUUUCUGUCUUCAUGGGUCUGUUUUGAAUGUUGAUCUGCUGUAGAGGUGGAAGCAGGUAGAUCGCAGCCUGGCAUCAAAAUCUAUCCUGAACAAUAAGAUCUCAUUUAGCUGCUUUUCUCAUACGCUCUGCAGCGGACAGAUUACAUCACUUGAUUGAUGCAAAGAGAAGUUGCAAAGAGCUCAGACGGUGUUGAGUGUGUUUAGAGCUGAUCAAAUGAUGAUCAGAACAGCCAGGAUGGAUGUUAAUGCCAGGUCUGAGUGGGGCCUCUGUCCCUUAUUCUGCUCUUUAUUUCCCUCCUUCUGUGUCUGCAUGACAGAUUACUGCCCUGGUCUGCGCCGCUGUUCUCCUGAAACAGAUCAAGAAAGAGCAUCAGGAGAUAACGGCUUACUAUUCCUCUGUGUACUAAGAACAGGAGGACUGGUAAGGGUUGGGCCCUCAGCCGCCUCCGCCUCAUCUUCAGCUACCAUCGCUGGAAACUCAACCAGCAGAUCAGUGUUUACAGCUUUUUCCCGUGUUUGUGUGAACUACCGACUACAGCUCCUGGAGCCAGUUUGCUGAAAGUGUCGUACAGCACUAGAUUCACCAACUUAGAAGAUACCCCGAAUCAGCAGAAACAGGCCUGCAAAUACCCGAGCCUGGUAAUCCGACAAUGCAAAACAAACACAACGAUUUAGCUGCAAAAUCUAGUAGCAAAACCACACUGAGCCUUUUUGUAAAACCAAGAAUGCAUGCUACGACGCUACAUGUUAGCUCGAUUCUUUAUGUUCCGUGAUCACAGAUUUUAAGUGGCUGAUUUUUGUUUGCUCCACACUGGAACACUGAUGAACAUCGCUGUCAGAAAUGUAAAAGGAAAAUAAAGGGAUCAUUUCAUAAAGUCAAGCUUUUAGAAGCUUUGAUUGUAUUUUGGUGAAAU